CAUUCAUUCAGUUUGCGAGCGACCGCCGCGCGACGAGGACGUUUACGUCACGUCGUUUCCCGCGACUCAACAGUCAUUUCGAUAUUUCGUAGUGUUUCAAAAACUUAAAAACAGUGUUGUUUAGUGCAAUAAUGACGUCGUUUUGUGUCUACGUUUUGUGAUGAACGCCUAACCAGUGUCAUUUAUUGUGUUUGCAAAGUUGUGAAGUUUUUUCGCUACACGGAUUUACGAGUUGACCGGCGUUUUGCUGGACUGGAACUGAAAGCUGAUUGUACGCGUAGCUAACUACGAAACAAAAAUGAGGCCAACAGUCAGUCUCCUCUUCAUCUGCUUCUUAGCCCUCCUCGCCCCGCUCCAAUGUGGGACCUCGUCCAGUGCUGACGACAGAAGAUGGCUUGUCUCUUUAGUGGAUCUGGUGGAACUUGACUACGUGGACCAUUGCGAGCAGAGGGCCAACGCCGCGUGGAAUGAACUUACUGGGAAUAGUAAAGGAUUGGCCACUAAGUUGGAACGCGACAAGGCGUUCGGUAUGUUCGUGUGCCAGCAGACGACUGACAUCAAAAGUUCGCUCACUGCGCAUGCGUUAUCCGCGGAUGACAACGUGCUACGACGGAAAGUGAAGCUCCUACUACAACCGGGAGACACACUGUUGGAGACUGAACAGUGGAUCAAGCUCGUAACAUUCGGGGAUUAUGCGCUGAACAAAAUAAGAUUCGCCACUAACUACGAUUGUGGUACUGCCAGUAACUGCACGUUAAGAGAGUUACACUACAACUUGGCGCGGCAACAAGACGAAGAGACCCUGCAUCGCAUGAAACUCUCGUGGGAGAACAACUUGCCCGAUCUUCAUGAUUAUUUGGAACACGUUCUACCUUUGUUGAGGAAUGCUUCGAAAAAAAAUAGUUAUAACUCCGUCGAAGAAUAUUGGGAUGCUUUAGGCGAGUACGAAGGUGCCAUACUUAAGGCCCGAGAAUUGUGGGAAAAUGUGAAACCUCUUUACUUGAAACUCCACAAAUACAUAGCACUUAGGCUAAAGGGUUCUGACGCCGUUGGCAAAACUCUGCCAGUACAUUUACUAAGAUCGUUAACAGGAGACGAUUGGUCCAAUUUAAUAGAAAGUUUACUCCCAAAGCAUGCUGGGAUAUAUCAAAAAGUACACGCAAAUCUUCAGUUAAAGAAUUUAGGAGGAGUUGAAGCAUUCAAACAAGCGGCAAAACUCAUCAAAACACUAAACUUAGGAGAUGCAGACCCAAAUAUUUGGUCUGAAUCCGUAUUCAACAGUACUUGCCCGCCGACAUUAGUAGAUUGGUGCAAACCAAACAAAGUUAGAGCGAUAACUUGUAAAGACGUCAGUAUAGCCAACUACAUAGAAGCGCACGAGGCAGUCAUGAAGAUUGUCUACAAGCAGACCAUUAAUUUGCACAGCAAUAACACUUACAUACUAAGAGAAGCCUCUCGCUAUUCCGCUGUGUAUGAAGCUAUUCCUGGAUUCGUAUCCUUGCUUUCUCUGAACCCUCAUGCGCUGAAUAAUGCAGGCUUGUUCCCAUUGGAAAUUUUCAACUACAACCCGAAUCAACAUCGAUUGGUACUACAAUUGAUAAUGGCUUUAAGAGAUCUACCAAAACUGAACUUCUAUUUGGCAGCCGACGAAUGGAGGAUAAAAGUUUUAAUGGGAGCUAUACCGUACGCGAAAAUACCUAGCAGUUGGAGCGACUUCCGUAAAAAUUUCUCUUAUAUAGAAACAUCCGAUGGUGAUUUCCUUGGAGACCCUUACAUGGUGUUCAAUAAACCUUUUAUCGGAAAAUUCAUGGGUUUAAUUCUGAAAUACCAAAUCUACCAGUCUUUUGCUGAAGAACUCGUGUCUGAUGAAUCAGAUUUAUUAGUUCACAUCGCAGAGAACAACGACCGAUUGGUUGACGCAAUGAUGCAAGGCUAUGGAACCGUCUGGCCUGAAAUGGUGAGCGACCUUCUAGCAAAACGGGAAUAUGGACUGGAAUACACAGGGCUAACGGACUAUUACAAAUUUUUGGAUGAAUACUUAGAUAAUCAGUUAGAUCCGUCUACAGAUAACGAAGGUUCUGACGAUUACAUCGAACCAGUUAUCAAUGAACCGGUACCAGAAGAAAACGAAAUACCAUCAUCAGCUGAAAACCAGGAAAGCGUCAAAGAAACAGAAAAAGUAGAAACGCACGAAGAUAUCAACGACAACGUUAUUGAUACAGACGGAUCAAAUUCCAAGUUCAUCGAAACGUCUACAGUAGGAGUUUUGGAAAUAAAGAAUCCUGUAGCAACUGGGGACCACAAUGAGGUUAAUACGAAAGAGGCAUCUUAUAAUACGUACUGGUGGAUCGGAAUAGCCGUAGCCCUGGCUGUCGUUGUGAUAUUAAUAGCAAUAAUAGCGAGGAAGCGCCACAACCACAGAAAACAGCUCGAGAGGCAACGAAGGGACAACACCCGUGCCUGAUUUGAGGAGUAUCGGUUCUAGAAGGAGAACCGAUGGUCAAUGACACUGAGACUAAAUAUAGUGAUAUUGUGCCAAUAAAUGAGUGGAGUUCAAAAGACGUAUUUCAGUUCAGUGUAUCGUUUCGUGUUAUCUGCUUUUUGUUUGGGAAUAUUAGUUGUAUUUUAGCUGUGUUUAUUUAUUUUUUCUGUAUGAUUAUUUGAAUUACUUUCAUCACACACCGUGCAUUUAAUUAUGUAUACAAUGUAUACCUGAAUGUCUUUAAUUUCAAUUUUGUAAGAAUAAUGCUAGAUAAUGAAGAUGAAAAUAUUUUUGUACAUAUCACAAUUUGCGAAAUAGAAUAAAGAUUGUUACCAAGAGUGUCUAUAAUAGUUGUAUAUUCUAGUUAGAUGUAAUUUGCUGUGCCUUAAGCGUCUCAAUUUCUAAUAAGUAAGAUGCAUAAGAUAUGUUAGGAAUUAUCAAAUUUGUAAAAAAAUAACUGUAAUUUUAUAAAGUCUCUAUUUACCUACUCUCAGCUACGAAACUUCCGACCAAAUCAUGAUGAAAUUAAUUUUCUUGUUCAGUGUUUAUAAAUUUUAUAUUUUAGUUAUAAACAAUAUUUUAAUAUUCUAUCUCUGUACUUGUAAUAACCAAAUAUAUAUUUUAAUUUGAUGUUGCUAGUAAUUUAUGUGUUACUAAAAUAAGGCUUUACUGGGAGUAAAGCGGGAAUUAGUAAAAUUAUGUCAACAUUGAAAACAGAGAAUAAUAAAUGUUUUGAACAUAAA